AUGACCAAUAUACCCAAUGGAUCGAUUGGUAGCUAUGAUUCAGAGAUUACCAGAUCCGGAUUCGCCAGGCUGCAUCUGCCAGAUAUACCUCUCGAUCAACCGCGUGGAGCAGAUGCGUCAACUUCGCCCAGGGACAAUGACCCGGACAGUUUAGGAAAGGAUGGACAGGUUGGCGCCGCAGAUGCGAGGUCCGAGAUCGUUGAAUCGAAUGAAUCUGAGGGAGUAUCCAGCUACUUGGGUGAUUCAGGGUACAUUACCAUGUUUGUCCGAGGAAACACAAGUCGUUCUUCAGAAAGCAGCGUUCCCAGCAGGCUGCAAGAGCCGGCGAGGCCGUUACCGACAGCCGUUCGCGAUUACCACUUGCAGGUAUUUGAUGAGUACUGCUUUACGUUCUGUCCCAUUCUUGAUAGAACUAUUCUGGAAGAUCAGGCAUUCGGCCAAUCGGUGCUGCUUGAAAAGGCAUUAACCCUGGUAAGCCGCAGAAUCCAGCCGUCGCUGCUGGAUGGUGAUAAUGCCGCUAUUCUCUAUAACCAAAGUAAGGACUUGUUUUACAAAUUCUCAGAGCCAAGCCCAACUGCUUCACUCAUCUCGAUCAUGCUUUUCUAUUGGUGGAGUACAUGUUCUCCAAGCAUGUUGAGUACAAAUGGAACCUGGUACUGGACCGGAAUCGCCAUCCGACAGGCACAAGAAAUGGGCCUACACCGACUGCCAAGAACAUAUCACUGUCUUUCCAGUGGAGAUACCCCGGCUCUCCGCCGACGAAUAUGGUGGACUCUGUUUGCUCGCGAGAGGCUUACCUCACUCUCUCAGGGUAGACCUUGCACUAUCAAUAUCAAGGAUUGCAAUGUCCAAAAGCCUACAAUUACCGACUGGCCUAGCUCAAAGCGUCGAGAAGCCGAGAUCUUCAUCCAAUGGGUCAAGCUUUGUGAGAUAGUUGGCCAUGUGGCAAAGCAUCUCAGACGUCACCCCGAAGCAAAAGAUCGAGCCCGGGAUCUUUUAGAUGACUUGAAGGUCUGGAUUGCAAAUCUUCCCCAAGAUCUCCGGCUGCCAUAUUUUGAAGGCUCUCUUUCCAACUUCGAUCGAGACAUUUGCCAGUUACAUCUCCCAUACCUAUGUUGUCUCAUCUUGCUCGAUCUAAGGAAGUCGUCACAACAGGACUUGGGAGUUGACAUUGUGGCAAUCCUCGCCUCAUCUUGUGUUGCCAGAAUCUUUGAGGACUUAUUGAUUCGAGGAUCUCUGCGAUUUUUACAGGGUAUGGCUGGCUGGUACAUCACUAUCUCCUUACUUGCCCUGAUUCGAGCAACAGAAAUUCCUGCCUUCGCGAGUACUACGGACGGGCCUAUCAGAGUGCUCCGCGUGGCAUUGAAGGACAUGGCUGAGCGCUGGCCAUCGGCAAAAAUGUUUCACCAUGGAAUUGAGCACUUGAUGAGCUCUCCGUGUGGGGAUAGACCCGAUGGUAGAACAAGACAGACAGAAGAUCAAGAUACACAGGAGCUGCGCCAAUUGGAAAAACUAGACAGCUUUCGUUAUCAGGGUCAGAGCCAUGUAGACCCAAACACACUGACCGCAACGGCUGUCCAGAAUUCUCUCAACUUUUUUCCGGGUGCAAAUCCGGAAACCACGCCAUUUUUCAAAGAACUGCUCUCUUUGACCGACCCCUUAGGUCUUCCACUCACUUCCGAUGAAUUCAAUCAAGCGCUAUUCGAUCUGUUUGAAAACUCCUUUGACAGCAUACCCAUCGACUUCCGAUGA